ACAUUAUUUUUAUACACAAAUCUAGUUGGUUUAUAUUUUUGUAUAAAUAAAUUAAAGUAUGUUUUUACAAAAAGAUUUUUGAUUUUUUUUACAAAAUGAAAAUUACUAAAUUAAUUUCGAGUGCUAAGUUAUUAGAGAGAAGUACAAAUUAUUUUAAGGUUGUUAGACAUUACUGUUGUCCACCUGGCCAAGAGGAAAAUGUAGAUUCUGGUAAAGAGCAAAAUGUAGAUUCUGGCAGGAAAGGUUUAGUGGUGGGUGUAUAUAAAUGUAGGGACAAGUUGGAACUAACGCCGAUUGCUCAAGAAAUCAACCAAAAGAGUGGCGACAAGCUAGCACAGCAUUUGAACAAAUUAUGUGGAGAGCUAACACUGGGCAAAGCAUUCACAGUAACAGAUGUGUUGCCAGAAUACUCCGCAGUAGCAAUCACCUGCUUUGGCCCUAAGGACGCCGGCUACAAUGUUCUUGAAUCAAUUGAUGAAGCCAGGGAGAACAUUCGUUGGGGCGUGGGUGCGGGCGUGAAGUUGUUGAAGUCGCGCGGCUGCUGCUACAUCGAGGUGGACCCCGCGCACGCACCCGACGCCGCUGCUGAGGCUGCUGAGCUAGCAGCGUGGAGGUUCCAGAUGUUCAAGAGCAAAGAGUCCCGUAAGAAUCAUUGCCUGGUGAAUAUGUAUGGCACGGAGGGCAAGGAGCUGUGGACGCUGGGCUCUAUAUACGGGGAGGCACAGAACUGGGCGCGGUGCCUCUCCGACAUGCCCGCUAAUAAGAUGACGCCUGUCGACUUAGCACAGGCGGCCCUAGACGUGCUCUGCCCGCUGGGAGUGACGGUGGAGGCGCACGACCGCGAGUGGAUCCAGGCGCAGCGCAUGCGCGCCUUCCUGGCCGUGGCGCGCGGCUCGUGCGACACGCCCAUGUUCCUCGAGUGCAUCUACCGCUCCAGCGCCGCGCCCGCCGCGCCGGUACUACUCGCUGCUAAAGGAGUCACUUUUGACAGCGGUGGCCUAUGCCUGAAGGACUGCAAGAUGAUGAUGGACAACCGCGGCAGUAUGGCCGGCGCCGCCGUCGUACUCGCAGCUCUAAAGAUCAUCGCGACACUCAAGUUGCCGAUAAACGUAUCAGCAGUGAUACCCAUUUGUGAGAACAUGGUGAGCGGCCAGUGCAUGAAGGUGGGAGACGUCGUCAAGGCGCUCAACGGACUCUCUAUCGAGAUAGAGAACACGGAUAUGGAGGGCCGGCUGAUGAUGGCGGACGCGCUGGUGUACGGCCAGACGCUGUUCAAACCUGCAAUGGUCAUUGAUGUUGCUACUUUCACUCAUGGUGUCUUGAUGGCGACGGGUGGCGGUGCGUUCGGUUGCUUCAGUAACUCGGAGAAAGCGUGGCGCGCCGUGCACGCCGCCGGCGUAGUCACCGGGGACCGACCCUGGCGGUUCCCACUGUGGAACUACUUCCACAAACAGAUCACCAAUGACCCUGCGGUGGAUCUGAGGAAUAAAGGAUCUGGACACGGCACCCCAUGUCUUGGAGCUGCGUUUCUAAAGAACUUCGUAUGCUGCGACUGGGUGCACAUGGACAUCACGGGCGUGGGCAAGGUGACGGAGUGGGGCGCCGUGCCGUACCUGCAGCCGCGCCGCAUGUCGGGCCGCCCCGCGCGCACGCUGGCCAUGCUGCUGCACCAGCUCGCCGCCUGCAGCGCCAACCACGCCACGCAGGACCAACAACCUACACCAUGCGCCGCGAACGCCUGAUUUAUCAUUUACUUUCGGCUGUUUAGGAUUUAUAUCGAUCAGUAAAUUGAAGCCCCAAAAAAACACUUUUAUAAAUGAGUCUACUAGUGAUGUCUUGUACAGUAAACUUUGUGAGAAACGUUCAAUAAACUUAUCUUGAAG